AUGCUGCCAUCAAAACGGCCGUAUUUGGCUGAUGAAGAGCUCGGAAAGAAAGAUGACGACCACCGACCUGGAACUGGCCGAAAGCCGCUCUCGCGAGCAAAGCAAUGGAGAGCGCCUCGACCACGCCGGCUCAUAGUAGGAAUUAUCGUCCUCUACUUAGUAUACUUGUUUUUUAAGAAUAUGCCCACGGAUGUGCGUCCCGCAGUUGAACGAUUCAACCCAGGCUUCACGCAAGCACGGCAGGGCAGUGGAAAGUCAUGGCCGCCCGCAAUGCCUUCGCCGGUUACUCCUGCAAAAGGGCCCCCUCCGCGUCCAGAUUCUCAGACAAAUAUCAAGGAGGAUUUUUACUACGAAGGCGAAAUAAGAUUUAAUGCUUUAGCGAGGACCUUGCAACGUUUCUGGAAGCCGCCCACUCGCCAUGGCAGCUCCAUUAGUCGUGCCGUUGUGUUUGCUGGCUCAAACCUGCGGAGCGUUUCCGAUCUUCUGCCUCUCGCAUGCCGAAUGGCCGACCAGAAGAUAAAUGAAGUCCAUUUUGUGCUGAUGGGGAGAGAUGAUGUGUCCGUUGAAGGCAUACAACGUGUCAAUGGCAUAAAAGAAGUUGGCUGCCCAAUCGUCUGGCAUGAUAGUCGACCUGAUUAUGCUCAAUGGUCUACUGAGGCUCGCAUGGAGAGAGCUGUGACGGCUGGUUUGGACUACGUCCUUGUUUAUACCCGUGCGCAGGUUCUCAUUACCCAAGGAGAGUCUUGGGAGGAUCGGUUCUUCACAGAAGGUGUUCGAAGGAUGAUUAGCAAGUCUAAGAUAACGCACAUCGCACUACCGACUGCUGCGAGGAAUAUCAUGUGGAUAUCAAUGUUGGAUAGCGAUGCUCUCAAAGCAUGGAAUGACGUUCACGUCGAGAUACUCAUACAAGCACCUUCCGAGUCAUCUGGUUCCUUAAUCCGCUUAAUUCGAUCCUUGGAAGCUGCAGAUUACCUCGGGUCAACUCCAAGCCUGACUAUUGAGCUGCCUCCUCGCGUUGAUCCACAGCUCCUACACUUCCUCCAAAAGUUGAAAUGGCCUCCUCAAACUUCAAGCACCGUCACUCUUCGCCGCCGUAUACAGCCACAUUAUUUGACUCCAGUCGAAGCUUCUCUGAGAAUUGUGGAGGCUUUCUAUCCCAGAAACCCUAACGUAACGCAUGUGCUCUUAUUGGCCCCAGAGACCGAGCUGGCGCCUUCUUUCUACCAUUUUUUGAAGUAUACUACGUUGAAAUAUAAGCAUUCGGCUCAAACCAAGCGCACCGCUUCCAAAUUACUGGGAAUUUCGCUCGAGCUUCCCUCAUCACGACCCACAGAUAACGAGCCUUUCACGCCACCAAAAGUUAAGAAAGAACUCCAGAAAUCACAGCAGCUAGGCCGCGAGGAGCUUCCUGUCUUUUUAUGGCAGGCUCCAAACAGCCAUGCGGCCUUGUAUUUUGGCGAUGGAUGGGCCGACCUACAUUCUUUCCUCACCGACCGCCUCGCUCUACACCAGCCCACAUCUGAGAAGUCUACUGACGAGAAAUCUAUCUCAAAACGAUAUCCUGCUGUAAUGGAGUAUCUACUCGAGCUAAUUCGAGCUCGGGGUUAUUACCUGCUUUACCCAGCGUUCCCCGACCGAGGCACUUUUACUCUUGCAACAGUUCAUAGCGAGCUGUCUCGGCCACCUGAAGAAUUCCUACACGACGAUCAAGCAGACUCGACUACGACUCUUGGGUCAUCCAUUAACCAACUUUCUGUGGAAAAGCCCCUGGACCAGACAUCGACAUUAAUGCCGCUUCUUGAGCGCUUCUCCCUCGCUUUGCCGGACCUGAGCAGUUUGCCUCUUUUGUCAUACCGUGGCGAGGAAAUAUCAGAACUAAUGUACUCGCAAGACACCGAGGAAUACGCUAAGAAGUUUGCUAUCAGUUAUGGCGGCUGUCGAGAGAGUGACUUGACAGAUGGCUCGACCUUGACGAGAUUGUUCUGUCUGCAUGAGCGAGCGGACGGAGAGUAG